AUGAGUUUUCCAGGUGCCCGGAAAGAUGGCAAUUCGUUCACGAAAAACCUACCAUUUGGAUUAAGUUAUAGCGAUGUUGGAGCCACGGAAAAUGGAGAACUUCCGUCCAUACCCAUGCCCGUAAACGGUCUCAUAACGGCUCGAGAGCGAGCCACCGCAAUUUGUUACAUGAAUCUUGUCACAGCGGAGCGUGAGGGUCCUUUUUACACAGGUUCCAUGCACCUUUCUGUAGAUGGACAAGGCAAAGACCGGAAACUUGUAGAUGAGGACGGUAUAAAUGAUGGUGUGGAACGCUACUCAGAUCGAUAUCUCAAAAAACGACGUAUUGGGGUAUCCAUUGAUGAACAUCCCUUCCAUCUAGAGUUCUUCCCAGACGAGCUUUACCAAGUGAUGGGCAUAAAUAAGAAAAAACUGUUGGCAAUCUCGCAGCUCAACAAACGCACAGACGUCUUUACAGGUUCUGGUGGUUCCAAUUCAGAUGCAGAAGGUUUGUCGAUGCUGGAAAAGCUCAAGAAUCUGGCAGACGACGAAGAUGAAACUGCAAAUGUAGAAAACAAGGAAGAGCCAGAGGACGUGGAUGACGAAUUUGACAGUGAUGAGGACGAAGACUAUAACGCCGAGAAGUACUUCGACGACGGAGAUGAUGAUGCGGGAGAAGAAGAGGAGUAUGGUGACGAGCCAGCAUUUUAG